GGGGCCGGAUGGCCGAGCCGCCCGCCCCGCUCACUCGGGCGGCGGCCGGCGGCGGGCGAGGAGCCGGGGCGAGCCCUCCCUUGCCGGGAGAGCCAGCCCUGCGGCACGCUGCGCCAUGGUCUCAUGGAUCAUCUCCAGGCUAGUGGUGCUUAUAUUUGGCACUCUUUACCCUGCAUAUUAUUCUUACAAAGCCGUGAAAUCAAAGGACAUCAAAGAAUAUGUCAAAUGGAUGAUGUACUGGAUCAUAUUUGCCCUUUUCACGACAGCAGAGACAUUCACGGACAUCUUUCUUUGCUGGUUUCCAUUCUACUAUGAACUCAAAAUAGCUUUUGUAGCUUGGCUGCUGUCUCCAUACACAAAAGGCUCCAGCCUCCUGUACAGGAAAUUUGUUCAUCCAACGCUGUCUUCAAAAGAAAAGGAGAUUGAUGACUGCCUCGUCCAGGCAAAAGACCGGAGCUACGAUGCCCUUGUGCACUUUGGGAAGCGGGGGCUGAACGUUGCAGCCACGGCAGCUGUCAUGGCAGCGUCAAAGGGACAGGGAGCCCUGUCUGAGAGACUAAGGAGCUUUAGCAUGCAGGAUCUCUCGACGAUUCGUGGAGACAGCAGCAGCACUGUUCCUCCUUCGGUCACUGUACGAACAAGUAGCAAACAGAGCCAGCCAAAACCAUCCAGAAGUGCAUCGGAAGGCACUGGCAGCUCAGUGUGCACGUGUUGCUCGGUGUGCCGACUCCUCCGAGGUGUGGACAAUAAAUAUGAAAAGCCACUUGAGGCAAACUGUGAAACAAAAAGCUCUGUGUUCUCAGAUGAUGAAGAGAAUGAUUCAUUGGAUUGUGCAUCCAUGAACAAAAGGCCCAAAAAGAAGGAUCAGCCCCUUGAGGCACCGCCUAGGACCCUUAGACCUCGCUUCAGGAAGAAAAGUACCUCGUCCUCUGCCACUGAAACAAUGUGAGUGCAAUGAGCCAAUAGCACCAAGAUCCACAGAAUGUCUUUCUUCUGCCUUAAAGAGCUACUCAUUAAUAAUGUAGGAAGCAGCAGUGGGAUGGGUGUGCUUUGCUGUACAGCAUUGUAGACACGGCCUUUCUCUCUCCUCUCUCUGUACCCUGUUCCAUGCUUCUCGUGUUCACCCAUGACGUGGGUAGGACAGUCUGGCAGACACCUGCAGGUUAAGAGCCCGUGUUUGGUUUGCAGAGUGUGUACCCCCUGACACCAAUCAUAGAAUCCCAGAAUGGUGGGUGUUGGAAUGUUCCUCCAGAGCUCAUCCAGCCCAACCCCCUGCUAAAGCAGGUUCCCCUCGAUCAGGGGGCACAGGAACGUGUCCAGAUGGGUUUGGAAACCUCCUGAGAAGGAGCCUCCACACCCUCCCUGGGCAGCCUGGGCCAGGGCUCCCUCACCCUUACAGCAAAGAAGUUUUUCCUUAUGUUGAAGUGGAACCUUUUCCUGUGAGGCUGUACAUUUCCACCUCUCAUUUGUGUCUGCAUAGCUCUAGCUCUGGGAAUGCACAGCGGCGACAAAAAUAAUCAGUCACUCAUGCUGAUACAUUGACACUGUAUUUAUUUAUGGCUUUAUCAUUAAUGAAGUGGAAUUGCAGAAGCCACGGAUUUCUCUUUCCUCCCUUCCUCCUCAAGACCGUGGGGGAUGUAACAAAUGUCAGAGUACUUUGACUGUGCAAAAUGUCCGAGGCUCAUUAGCGAAAGCUGAGCUGCAGCUCCUCUUUCUGCAAGUAAAUCACACCUGAGAGAAUCCUUGUGCUGCCAACCCACAGAGACAGAACCACUUACAGAGGACGAGGAAGAGAUGUGCAAGAGAAAAAUAAAUGGUUUCAACGAUAUAA